AUGGGUGCGACCACCUCCUUGCCGGAGCUGGAGGCCUGUGCCAAUGAACCUCGAAGUGUUUAUCACUCCAUCGCUGAUUUCAACCGCUACACCACGCCCAACGGCGCCUUGCUCUCCGCGGAGGGCGUCCUGGUGGACGUCCCGCAGCCGGGAGCGCCCUGCGCCGUGGCCUCGAAGUCCGGCCGGAUCCAGGCGCUGAUUCCUGCAGGUCUCAAUACAGAGGCCAUUUUUCCUGGAGACACCUUGCACUUCAGCAUCGUGAAACUUCGAGGCCGCACCUUCUUCGUUCGCCUGCAGCUGGUGCGCAGGGGCGCCUCGGGGCGUGUCUUGUGUUCCCACAGCUGUGACGACGACCUCAUCUCCUACCAUCGCUUUUUACAGUGCUGCGGCCUGGCGGCACAGCGUGAGCAGCUGGCGCGAUGGUCCAUGACCAGCUCCCCCGUCUUUCGGAGCUACUUCCAGGGCUGCAAGGUGAGAUGGACCGGCCGCAUCCGCUCCGUGCUGGAAACGGAUGACGGCAAUGUAGAGGUGGCUGUACAUAUGGAAGUGCGUGGAAGCUGUGGAGACCCCAUCUGCUUGCUGCUGGAGAAGGCUUUGAAAAACCAAGGACCGCGGUUGGAACCGGGUCUUUGGAUUUCGUUUCGUGCGGAGAUCUUGAGCCAAGGGGGUCGUUUCCUGUGGCACACCUUCCGCGCGCUGCAGCCGGUGGUGCUGGUCGAAGGGCCUGAAAGUACUGAGGAUUGGGAGGAUGAGAUCCUGGAGGUCAGCUCAGAGGAGUUCCAAGCAGACUAUGUCAGUCAUGAGGCCACUCGAAAGAGAGCACUACCAGUCUCAGACGGUGAAGAAGAGACGGAGAGUCGACUUUGUGUGGUUUGUCAGGAUGUUGGAAAAACUCAUGCCUUGAUCCCAUGUGGGCAUUUCUGUUUAUGUGAGCACUGCGCCGAACACAUCGUGCGACAGAGCCCCCGCGUGUGCCCUUUGUGCCGUCGAGCUGUGCGAAGUGUAGUCCGGAUCUGGGAGUGA